ACAGUUUGCACCUUAUAUUUAUUUCCCGCCUCUCACAUUUCCCGCUCCGACGAAACCCUAACAGCCCAAAAAUGGGGACGAAGCAUCAAUCUUCCGAUCCGAUUACCGACGCCAAGAAGCGAAGGCGUGUCGGAUUCGCCAAAAUCGAUACAGGAAUCGAAGCGAAUGAGUGCAUCAAGAUUUAUCUAGUUUCUAGCAAAGAGGAAGUGGAUGCUCCCGACAGUUUCUGUGUCGAACCAAUUGACCUGAAUCACUUUUUUGAAGAAGAUGGGAAGAUUUAUGGUUAUCAAGGAUUGAAGAUCACCAUCUGGGUUAGCAGCAUAUCAUUUCAUGCUUAUGCUGAUGUUACAUUUGAGAGCACAUCUGAUGGAGGCAAAGGGAUCACAAAUCUGAAAUCGGCUCUUCAGAAUAUAUUUGCUGAGAAUCUUGUUGAGACAAAAGAUGACUUCCUUCAAACUUUUUCAACCGAGUGUCAUUAUGUUAAAUCCAUCGUCUCUAAUGGGGAGAUAUUGCAACAAAAAGCCUCCAAUGGUUACAAUGACGAUUCUAAUGUUCAUUUAAAAGCAGAGGCUUCUGAUGUUGAGGUUGUUCGGGUUGUAGGCAGCAUGCAUGUUGGACACCUUUACAGUCGAUUGGUACCUUUUGCACUUCUUCUUGUAGAUGGUAGUAAUCCUAUAGAUAUUACUGAUCCAAGAUGGGAGAUCUAUCUUUUGGUUCAGAAGAAAAUUGAUCAGCAGGGGGACAAUCAGCUUAGAUUGCUUGGUUUUGCAGCUGUAUAUCGUUUUUACCUUUACCCUGACGGUCUACGCCUGCGACUUAGUCAGAUACUUGUACUUCCUCCUUACCAACACAGGGGUCAUGGCCGUUGCUUUAUAGAGGUGCUUAAUACUGUUGCUAUUCGUGAAAAUGUUUAUGACUUGACCGUUGAAGAGCCUUCGGACUCCUUACAACACGUGCGGACCUGUAUUGAUGUGCUACGCCUGCAUGCUUUUUACCCAAUUCAGGAUGCACUUAAUUCAGUAAUCCUACGUCUGAAGCAAGAAAAUCUGUCAAAGAAAAGCCAACCUUGCCAUUUUGUUCCACCUGUGAGUGCUAUUGAAGAUGUCAGGAAAAGUUUAAAAAUCAACAGGAAACAGUUUUUACAGUGUUGGGAAGUGCUCAUCUAUGUCAGCCUUGAUCCCAUUGACAAAUACAUGGAGACUUACAGGACAAUCAUUUCAGAUCGUAUAAAGGCUGAUGUCAUAGGGAAAGAGACUGGCCCUGCUGGGAAGCGAGUGAUUGAAGUCCCGACCAGUUAUGAUCAGGAAAUGUCAUUUGUCUUGUUCAAGUCCCAGAACGGCGAAGCUAGUAGCAUUGAGAUGGAUGAAAAUCAAAUUAGUCCAGAAGAACAGCUACAGCAACUAGUUGAUAUGAGGAUGAAGGAAAUAAAGUUGAUAGUUCAGAAGGUAUCUCUGCGCUGAUCACGAAGUCUUGGGAGCCAGUCGACUGCCCUCUGCUUUAUGUGGUGUGCAUCGAUCUGCCAAAAGAUUUUAACUGUGUGACUGUGUCGUCCUGGUGAUACAAUGGAAUUGUGAUGAGGCUUAAACGAGUUGUUUGUGCACUUCCAGGGUGAGCUUAAUUUGCUACUAUGUUAUUGAGAUUAGCUUCAAACUCCAUAAUCUAUGUAAGCUGAAACUUGAAUCCUUUUAUGAUUAUAUCCUUUUAGUAGGCGGAUGUUACUAUUGCUAUAUAUGAGGAGAAGCACCCUACCCUGUUGGAAUGAGCCUUUGAAUUUUUAAUUAUUUGACCAUUUGGUUCUC